AUGGAAAGCAGAGAGGAGAUGGUGAUGCUGGCAGAGAGAGGUCAGCUUGGCAAGAGCGUCUCCAGUUUGUCGGGAGCCAUCCGCAGCCCCGUGCGAGAACCACCGGGGAAGCCGGGCCACAGGAGCUGUCUGAGCCCCGGCGCUGCGCCCUACUCCCGCAGAGCGGAGGUGGUGAUGGAGGAGAGCGCACCGAGGAAUAUACGCGCCGAUAUGAGGCCAGUUGGCAGGUCUUCCUCCGGAGAGAGACACCGGAGUGAUCAUCCCCACAAAGACGGCAGCAGCUCAGACACCGAGUCAGACUACUAUGAGGAAAUUGAUGUCAGCUGCACGCCUGAAAGCAUGGACUACCCGACAGCUAAAGGUCGAAAUGGGGAUUCUCCGGGUCACCAGAGUGAGACUGGUGCCGACCCGGGUAGCAUUGUCCAGGGUCCGGGCUCUCUGUCCUAUGCAGCGGAUCAAAUUCGCCGGUACCGGACAGCAUUCACCCGAGAGCAAAUCGGAAGGCUGGAGAAGGAAUUUUACCGGGAGAACUACGUGUCCAGGCCGCGGAGAUGCGAACUGGCGGCCUCCUUAAAUCUACCUGAAACCACAAUCAAGGUGUGGUUUCAGAAUCGCAGGAUGAAAGACAAGCGCCAGCGUCUAGCCAUGACUUGGCCUCACCCUGCGGACCCGGCCUUCUACACCUACAUGAUGAGCCACGCGGCGGCCACGGGGAACCUGCCCUACCCCUUUCCAUCCCACCUGCCGCUACCGUACUACUCCCACCUGGGUGUCGGAGCUGGCUCGGUUCCGGCCGCCACCCCUUUCUCCAACCCCCUGCGCUCCCUCGACAGUUUCCGAAUGCUGUCGCACCCCUACCAGAGGCCGGAGCUCCUGUGCGCCUUCAGACAUCCGUCCCUGUACCCGGGUCCGACCCACGGCCUCGGUCCCGGGGGAAGCCCCUGCUCCUGUCUGGCCUGUCACUCAAGCCAAUCCAACGGUAUCUCAACUAGGCCCUCUGGCUCGGACUUCGCUUGCUCCCCAACGAGCAGGACUGACGCUUUCGUCACUUUCACGCCUUCGGUGCUCAGCAAAUCCUCACCUGUGACAUUAGACCAGAGGGAAGAAGUGCCUCUGACCAGAUAG